AUGCAUACCACAAAAGUAAGUAGUUUUCAUAUCGAGAUCCGCAAUUUCAAAACAGUUCAUCGAUUUGGUCUAAUUCAAAUGAAAAUUAAUGCUGAGGCCACAAUUUCUCUAUUGGUUUACGGUGAAACUUGAAUGCAACUUCCUUAGGACCUCUUUAGUCUUUAUGCGUAUUUAUUCGAUUACGCCAAAAUUGGAAUCGUAUGCAAGCGUUAAAAUACAUGUUAUGUAAAUUUAUACCUACACUAUUUUUUCUGUGCUAAUUUAACUUUUUACAUCGAUUUCUGUUUUUAGAUAUUUCCUGGAAAUUCUCCACUACGUGGUGUAAAUACGAUAUUUGCAAACUGGUUGAAUGUUUCUGUUAUUGCAAGGCAUAUUCGAAUUGAGAUACAAGACAGUAAUGAUGACCCUUGUCUGCGUCUAGAAGUGUAUGGCUGUGGAAAUGGUAUUUAAACUACUUUCCUAAUUGUGUUAAUAGAGAAAUUCAGAUUUGACUUCUACAACUGCUACCGGUACCUCUCAAAGCUUAAUACGCAUUUACAUCAUAUUUAAUGAAUGAUUGGUUAAUGGUAGUGGAAGCAACAGUGAAAAAUCUGAACCUUUCUAAUACAGUAAAUGGAACGAAAUUAUGGGAUGUUUGUACACAUGCCUGUAAAAAUUUGUACUGAAUUACAUUUUCCAAAAUGCAUUGUUACAUAAAUGGUACAGUACGAGCGCGCGUAAAAUAUAAUUCAAUUGACAAAUAGAUUUGCACUCACAAUUCCCAUCUACUGUAGAAAUCCCUUCUUAUAUUAUUAAGCGUUAUAAUUUCAUAGUCGAACGCACAUGCAACAAUUAUUACCCGCAGAGGCGUAGCCAGGAUUUUUGGUCAGGAGGCAGCAAAAACCUAGGUGGUGCAAACGUUUACCAGGGGGGCCGGGCCAACCGCCCUGGCUACGUCUCUGAUCACCCGCCGAUAUGUAGUGCAUUUUAAAACGAGAAUUAGUCAGUAGUAUGAUCUUUGCUCUUAUUGACCUCGCUCUCCCGCAUUGACUUAUAGUUAAAUACAAUGCGACAAACUAUAAAUCGGCCUAUAAAUCUAGCAAGUAGAGUAUCCAGUGAACGUGUAAUUCCUUUGGAAUCAUAUUUUGCCAUUUUCGUUCCACUUGAUGUUCGACUUGCUCGAUCAGGAGCAUUUAAUAUAAAAACAUUUCUCUCUUUCUGCUGCUUCAAAGGGAAGGACAUUUUCAAUGAUUGGACAAGAAAUUUUAGUAGAAUAUAAUGUCGUUUCUCUUAUAUUUGUCUUAAAGUUUGGGUUAAUACAUUUUAGUUUUGCCUGAUGUCCCUGGAAUGCCUUCAAUCAGCAACAUCAAAUCACGAUUAGCUGUAAUAACCUGGAAAGCAGCGGGUGAUUACUUAGAAAGUCAACUGGAAAGAUAUGUCAUUCGUGUGUCAUACGAAAACUACACGAUGAAAAUCAAUGUAACUUCUGAUCUAGAAGAGAAGUAUCUGACUUACAAUUUGCGAAACCUGACAGAAUAUACAUUCUAUACCGUCAGCAUUGCAGCAGGAAGUGCCAUCGGCAUUAGCAAUUUCACGGAAGAAGUGACGUUCUUGACAUUGUGUGAGUAAAAUAUAUUUUUAUCGUACAAAUUUAAGGAGAAAAUAUUGAAGAAUUAUUCUUGAGCUCAGGCAGCAUGGGCUUGAAUUGUUUUUCCUGCCUUUUGAAAGCAUGUAUCUAUCGUUUCACGUGGGAAAUGCGACGCAAUAAAACCGGUUAGAAUGCUAUCAGGUUCGAUCGCUCAGUGCCUUUUUUAACUAUAUAUCUGGGGGGGGGGGCAAUUGCCCCUCCAGGGAAAGAAUUCCCCCCCCCCCCAGUAAAGCCAUUUCUGCCCCGAAGUGCGAAGCAGAAUUGCUCAUGAUUGCUGUCAGAAUUGCAGUUGAUUUACUUGAUAAUGAGAUUAUGCCCUUCCAUAGCCUCCUCCACAGCCAUCUUGUGUGUAAUACAUAUUGUUCUUCACCGAGUAUUUCAUAAUAGCGAUAGGUUUCAUGCAAACAAUCCGAUAAAAUGCUGGUUCCAAGAAGAAUAGAUUUAGUUUAGAUUUUUAACUGUUAAAUACAUGUAUGCAUCAUCAUAGCAUGAAUAUUUCUUCUCAGAUUUAUUCUGUAUCGUAUGAAAAAGCAACGCAAUUUUGAGGACGUGGAAAUGUUGUCUCAUAGAACCUAAAACGAUUUAAAUGCAACAUUUCUGAUCAAAAUCACAUUGGGAUUCCCCCCCCCCCAGCAUCACAGAGAGGAAAUAAGGUGACACUGACCCCUCCUCCUAUUUUUCAAGGUGACUUUUCCAGUUUAUUUAAUUCCGAGUAGAAAUGUCUGGAAAAAUUCAUGUCUUCGAUGUACUUUAUAAUCUUCGGAACUCUUCGGAAUUUCACUCCCAAAAUGCUUGAAAUCGCAAUUCAGGGACCCUAGAUUCCAAAAUUUUCCCGGGGGUGCAUGCCCGCGGACCCUCCUAGACGGUCUCAUACCUUCGGCGUGAGGUUCGCCCCCCCCCCAGAAAAAAUUAAGGUCUGGCUACGCCACUGGUUCAAUUCAAUUCAAUUCAAUAGCUGUUACAGCUGUACGAUUAUAGCUACAAAGAGUUGAAGUUAUUGGUUAUAUAGGUGAAUUUAAAAAUGUUGGAAGCGAAACCAGGAUUCAUAAUUAAUUGUGUAAACGUUCUCUGGUUAAAAAAGAUUUAUUUAUUAACAAGCUUUCGACUGCCAGUCUGCAGUCUUCGACGGGUAGAUUUAUAAUGUGCUAGUGAUAUAAGAUAUCUUAUAUCACUAGCACAUUAUAAAUCUACCCUUCGAAGACUGCAGACUGGCAGUCGAAAGCUUGUUAAUAAAUAAAUCUUUUUUAACCAGAGAACGUUUACACAAUUUAUAUAGGUGAAGUUAAUAAAUUAAAGUUUUGCAAAAUCUCUCUUCAGACUCGCGCGUUCGCCAAACCUUGACAGCUCAUAUUUUUCAUUCUGCCUUUUUUCCUGUUUUGUCUCCAAUGAAGGUACCUUUAAAAGGCACUGCGAUCGCUGUGCUUCGAUACGCCCGAGUAUUUCUUAGCAAGUUAUUAAUUGUCUUGCAUGCAAAGUCGAGAUAUUAAUUGCAGUUAAGGCGCUUCUUGAAUGUUGGGUAUAGCAAAGAUUACGAUUGAUGUAGGAUAUGCAGUUACCUGAGAAACAAGCGCAAACUUCGACAUUUCUAGUGGCUCUUCGUGUGGAAGUAUAUCGCUUCAGACGUGCACGUUUGUUCUUGUUUUUCAGCUAGUUCCAUUCUACAUCCAAGCCCGACAGUUAAGAUGUUUAUUUUUUGUGUUUUCUAGAUGGACCUUAUCUUUUUCUGAAGGAACAAAAUCUGAAAAUAGUCGAAGUAAAUGAGAAAAAUAUCACAAUCCCAUGCACAGGAAGAAGUUAUCCAACACCGCGUGUUAUUUGGAAGAAAGAUGGAAAAGAAAUCCAGUCAAGAGAAAAUAUAAUAGACGCUUCCAUUAAUUCAACAGAAGCUUCCAAUAAUUCAACAGAAGUUUCCAAUAAUUCGACGGAAGCUUCCAAUAAUUCAACAGAAGUUUCCAAUAAUUCAACAGGAGCUUCCAAUAAUUUUAUUUACCAGAUAUCAACGCCAUCACGACUUGAUAACAAAUCAAACGUUUCUAUAGAAGUCACAAGCACGCUGUUUGUAAGAACCAAUGGAAUAAAAUAUGAAGAUCAUGGAAAUUACACUUGUGAAGUUUUGAAUGUCAAUGAAAGUAGUAUACCACUCAGUAAAACUGUGGAAAUACAAU